AAUUUCCAAGGGGACGUGAACGCAUCAGGAUUUGUCAUCGAAUGAGCGUCAAGAUGGUGAAGUUUGGCCUCCAGUUUAAAGCCACUUUGGAGAAUGUAACCAACGUGAGACCACUGGGUGAGGACUUCCGCUGGUUUUUAAAGCUCAAGUGUGGAAACUGUGGUGAGGUUCCAGAUAAAUGGCAGUAUGUGACCCUGGUGGAAAGCGUGCCAUUAAAAGGAGGCAGAGGAAGUGCCAGCAUGGUGCAGAAAUGUAAACUUUGUGGCAGAGAAAAUUCAAUUGAUAUCCUCAGAGACACAACUACACCUUAUAAUGCCGGCUUUGCUGCAGAAGGAGCAGAAACUGGAACACAGUUUCCUGAAGUCAACCUGCAAGAAAAAGACUGGACGGACUAUGAUGAGAAAGCCAAAGAGUCGGUGGGAAUCUACGAGGUCACUCACAGGUUCAUCAAGUGCUGACGAGCCAAACGUCCUGUUACCCAGCAUGCUUUGCACCCAGAGAUGGAGUGACUUGUUUCACGCCGAACAGUGAAAGGUUCUGGUUUUACAGCGGUGUGCUUGUUCAAACGUCUUGGAUUGAUCAGCGGGCUCACAGUUCAGACUUUCUUUGGUUUUUGUCAGUGUUUCAAUAAAGUCAACGUUUUGACUUUA